GGAGGAAGAAAGAAGGCCCAAGGAAGGCCGGCGGAAGACGCGACUCGUGCUUAAUAACGAGUCCUGUGCUGCUCAGGCCGGUCUCUCUCUUGCCUGCACACGGAGUACCUCCAGUUAACUACUCCGGAACACCCCUUCAAAGCAUCUGGCGAUCUACACUGCGGUGAUAUCCACCAUCUUUCCAGGGGAUUAAUAGCUCCUCACGUACACAGCACAGCCGGUUGCGUCCGCUGGUCGUUGGUUGGUCUCCGCCGGCCCGACGGGGGAACGACCGACGUCAUCUGGAUUUUCGUUUGAACUAACGCCAGACGAGCUGCCCUUCUAGGCUCCUCCUCGUUCCCUCCCGCCCUCGAUCCUCUUCACUUCUCCAGACUGUUCAACUGCCAUCCCCAUGUUCUCCCGCACCGCGGUCCGAUCUACGGUUACGACCUCCCGCAGCAAUGCGAUUCUGUCGCUGAAAGCUCGAGCGGCCUCCCCUUUGGUCUCGACGGCUGCUGGUCCAUGCUGCGGACCUCUGCCCAAUGCUUUCAUGGGAGGAAAGCGAUUCAUUGCGGUCUAUGGCUACACGCAAGCGAAGGCACUGGUGUAUUCUCGAUAUGGAGAGCCAAAGGACGUCCUACAGCUUCAUAAGCAUUCUAUAUCCCCCCCGCACGGGUCUCAGGUCACGCUUCGCCUUCUUGCUGCGCCGCUGAACCCGGCCGACGUAAACCAAAUUCAGGGGGUGUACCCGAGCAAGCCGCCGUUCCAGUCAACGCUGGGCACGUCGGAACCAUCGGCUGUCGCGGGUAACGAAGGCGCCUUCGAGGUCAUUGCCACGGGGGCGAAUGUCAAGAACCUGAGCAAGGGGGAUUGGGUUGUUAUGAAGCAGACCGGCCAGGGAACCUGGCGGACACAUGCACAGAUGGAUGAGUCGCAGUUGAUUAGGAUUGCAAACAAGGACGGCUUGUCUCCGCUGCAGAUCAGUACGGUCAGCGUGAACCCCGUCACGGCGUACCGGAUGAUCAAGGAUUUCUGCAAUUGGGACUGGAUGCGUACCGGCGAAGAAUGGCUCAUUCAGAACGGUGCCAACAGUGGGGUCGGUCGCGCUGCCAUCCAGUUGGCGCGGGAAUGGGGCAUCAAAACCCUCAACGUUGUUCGGGAGAGGGAAACCCCGGAGAAGACGGAGGCUCUCAGGCAAGAGCUGCGGGAACUGGGGGCGACUGCCGUGGUUACUGAGGCCGAGCUGCUUUCGGGUGGAUUCAAGAACCAAGUGAAUGAGCUCACCCGUAACGGCAAGGAGCCCAUCCGGUUGGCUCUUAACUGCGUGGGGGGUAAAAGCGCGACGGCGUUGGCGAAAACGCUCGCUCCGGGCUCACAUCUGGUCACCUACGGGGCCAUGUCGAAACAGCCCGUCUCCCUGCCCUCGGGGCUUCUCAUUUUCAAGAACCUGGCAUUUGAUGGUUUUUGGGUUAGCAAGUGGGGAGACAAGAACCCCCAACUGAAGGAAAACACCAUCAACGAUGUUCUCCAACUGACUCGCUCCGGUAGGUUCAAGGACAUCCCCGUGGAUGAGAUUCGAUGGAGCUGGGAGACGGAGGGCUCUGCCCUCACGGCAGGAGUUCAGGAGACUCUGAGUGGCUACCGCGAUGGGAAGGGCCUUCUCAAGUUUGAGGGCGGAGACUGAUUAAGAGGUGAUCAUAACGUUUGUAUAUUGCUGUACUACACUCAAUCUAUCGUUCUAGUCGUUCUCGGGUAUCCCGUAGCAAUAACCCAUCGAUCACGCUGAGCA